AUGGCACUCUCAUCGAGCCGGUUAUCUGUGCACGAUGUCUUCUCAUCUCCUUUCUGUUCCCUGCUCGCCUCUGUCCUACCUUUCGUGAUUCUCGCGACGCGCACCAACCCAAUGCUUAGACACCUCUUGAAAACCCGUACGACGACCUUGAGGAUGUUGGGGGUUGAUGAAGAUCACGCUGACCGUGCUUUUGCCUUUACCCACAACCAGAUAGCACAGGCAAUCGCUUGUGUCCAAUCAAGGCCUCUAAACACUCCUUCGUGUGAUGACAACCCCUACAAGUCUCUCGAGACUUCAUGGCCCAGACUGCGCUGCUCCCUCGCCCUUCACUGGAGAAGCUGUCGUUCGCUCCCUGGUCCGUCUAGGCUCGUUGAACCCAUAAUAGAAGGGAUGCAGGGUGGUGACCAAGUCGGUCGGGGUAGCAACUUAUCGAAGCAAGAUGUGCGGCACAGCAGGCCUCAUUCACCAUACAACACCACGACGUUUGCAGUUUUCUACUCACUAGCUGGAACGAAGCACAUCCAUUCUGUCGCUCAACCAAGGUUCCGCAAAGGAGAGGACAAUCCUCACCGACCAUCCUGCAAGCCUUGGACGGACAAACUCAUGCGUAUGUACUUUUGCGAAAGCUUCGUGGGAUUGGGGCACGAACGGGCGUGCACUCUGGGAAGGCAGUGCUUGCCCGCCCGUAACGUAGCUAUCGCUGGGGGGCCGUUCUUUGUAAGGCGGCGGCAUUGGGACUCAGAAGUAGGUGUGCUCUCCAUCCCUGUUCCCCGCCUCGCUCUCACCGUAUUGCAAGAUCCUACGCCGCUUGUAAAUGCGUCUAUCGAGGGUAAUUCAAUGGGCAACACCUUACCGCCACCAGUCGAUUAG